AUGAGCCCGAACUUGUUGGCGUUUAACAUGUUCGCGAGCGAGAUGCGUUUGGUGUUGCGAGACGCCACGCUCUUAUCCAGGGCGGAGAUGCAAAUGGGGAUCGAAAAGGUGAUUGGAAACCGGUGGAAAGCGAUGACGCCGGAGGAAAAGGAGAAGCACAUCGAUAAGGCGCGCGUCGAACAGGCGCGUUUGAUCGCCGAAGGCGGCAUGCCGACUGUUUCGUCGAACGGCGUGCGGGGUAAAAAGCAAAAGGCGACGGGGUCGACGGGGAGCGACGCCGCGCCGAAGCGUCGACGCGGGCGACCACCGAAGACGGAGACGUCCGUUCCGUUCGCGCGCAAAUCUGUGGCGCCGGGUAACAUGUUCGCCUCGUCCCACGGCUUUAUCCGAAGUGACUUUUUGGACGACGUCAACCACCACGACGGGCACGACGCGCGCGACCCGUACGGGGGAUUGAGCUACAACGAUCACCACAAUCUGAGCGAUUUGUUCUUGCCGUUCAACCCGAGUUCUCUUCCCGUGGUCGUGAACCCGCACCCCGACCAGGUGUACCAGGAGAAAAACUCUGGCCACGACCAGUCGUACGACGCGACAUCCUUCCUCCAUCACAUCAGCGUGAUGGACCAAGACGGCCUGAAACCGAGCCAUCCGCCAGGAUCGGCCGACUUGACGGGCACCAAGGUCGAGGGCUACAUCGAUGGCACGUUCGACACCGGUUACUUCAUGACAGUUCGGGUCAACGGUCAAACUUUGCGCGGCAUGCUCUAUCGCGAGGACGCGUGCAUGCGCGCCGUCGGCGAACACGCCAGGCAAGGAUCCGUGAGCUAA